AUGGAUCGAAGCGUAUUCUGCAUGUGUCUACCGCCUUUUGUUACGAACUGUCGCUCGGCGCUAAAUGGAGUCUACCCAGUGCUGCGCACGGACCACUUGGUGGCAGUGCAGGAAGGCAAGUUGGCGCUCAGCCUCUGGAGCUGGGGCAAGAACAUGCCCGUGUGGAAGUGUCAUGACGUCAAGACUGGCGAGUUGGUGGCGGUAUUCGACGCGCACUACAAGCGCGUGUCGGCUUUGGACCUUACGUCGGAUGAUUCGCACUUAGACACGGCAAGUGAAAACGCUUUGAUGCAUGUAUGGAGACUCCUGGACUUGCUAGACGAACCAGACGCAGCUUCGAGCUUCCAACAAGGUGUCACACCCGUGGUAAGCUUCACAGACCACGUUCUACCUGUCACGUCGCUGCAUGUGGGUCUAGGCGGUGUGAAGGCCCGCAUCUACACCUCCUCUCUGGGUCGUACGUGCAAGAUCUGGUCGCUCAAUUAUCCCCCGUGCCUAGACAACGUCCCCUGUCCAUCGUACGUCAACGUGUGCAUUGCUGACCCCAUGGAGCAGCGGAUUUUCAUGGGCUGUGGCAAUGGACACAUCUACGCACUGGACUUGAAUGCUGCUGCCACAUCCGUCACAGCAGCGACGGCAUGUGUGGCUAAUGCUUCGACAGGAUCUUUGUCUGCCAAAGUUGCUCCUUGGGGUCCCGAGGCGACGCUUUCGGAAUCGUUCAAACAUCAUGAAAGCAGUGUCACUACACUGCAGACCCAGCCGUCUUAA